AUGCAGCUGUUAACUCUACUGAAAGCAAUUUACUUUGCAGUCAAGAAUAAACUGGGUGAAAUUCUGUAUAGUGUUCAUCAAAGCCAACAGAUUGCAACACAAUAUCCGUCAAUUGAACAUAGAACUGAGCCAGUUCCUACAGAUGAAGUUGAAGAACUGGCAAGAAACAUUCUCCCCCUUGAACGGCUAGAGGCACAGCUGGCAAAUGAAUAUGGAAUGACAGGAGAUAUCAACUCCAUGGAAGUCUUUGCAGAGACGAAAGCCAGGGCUUUUGCAAAAAGAGAUGCAAAAACUAUGGUGGUACUGAAAGAUCUUGACACAUUGUACCAGCUACGUCUUCGUGCUUCAACCUUGCAGCUGCUUCGCUCCCUCAAUGAUGAAUGGUCCCUAACUGCACGCCACAUUGACACCUCGUGA